AUGGUUCGCCUUCCGCGUCUAAAAUACAAAAACAACGACUCUACUCAAGGUAGCAGUGGAAUUUUGACUUAUGUGUAUAGGUGGAAAAUAACAAACUGGAGUGAGAUACGACCUUUUAUGGAAAAUACUAGUCCGCCUUUUAGUGCUGACGGGUUACAAUGGGUCUUUAAGUUCUAUAAGGGACGACAGAAGAACCCGCAGGCUCUGUCAUUAUAUUUAGGGAUUUUAGAGACAACUCCAGGAUGUCUUCUUGGAAUUAGAAAAAAAGUCAGUAUAAUCUUUGUCCUGGAAAACUUGAGAACGAGAGGAAUGGAUUUUGGCAAAAUGGAGUUGCCUGUUUGGUUUUGUAAUAAUUCACCACCAAAAAUUAGUAAUCCAUUUGAUAAACUAGUAAAUUCGCCACGUUUUUCAGAUGUCACGUUUUGUGUACUUGAUGAUAAUUCACGUGAAAAAUUAUUCUAUGCGCAUAAAGGAAUCUUAGCAAGUUCCUCUCCUGUAUUUGAAUCAAUGUUAACGAACGGGAAAGAGAAGGAUACAAUUAAAUUAUGUCAAACAAAUCAUUCCGCGUUCCUUGCUUUGUUAACAUUCAUAUAUACUUUUAAUGUAAAUAUUACAUCUUUAUGUGACGCGGAAGAUUUAUUGGCAUUAGCUGAUAAGUUUGAAAUUUUCCCUGUACGAGAGGAGUGUUUACAAAAAUAUCCUUGUGCUAAAACAUCAACAACUUGUCGUGAUUUUGUUGCAUCAAAUUUUGAAGAUCUUUUGGAGGAUCCAUCCACGUUACACGCAGAUCCAAAUAUUUUGCGGCUAGCACUCGACAAUGAUGAAGCAAAUGUGAAUUCCGAAGAGAAAAUUUAUGAAUUGGUUGUUCGUUGGGCAAAUUAUUCGUACUCUUCAGAUUCAGAUACAUCAUCGGCACGGAAUUCUACAAAUACUCGGGUCAAUGAUGAAGAUUCACCACCAUCUUCUUCAACAUCUGCAUCAAUGCCAUCAGAACUUCCAGAAAAUUUUGAAGAUGCUGUAGAUGAUAUUCAAUUCAUUGAGAAUGGAAUUGUAAAUAUUAAAAAUCUUUAUGAAUUAAAUAAUGAACAAUCGGAUAUACAAAACGAUGGCUCAAAUAAAUUUCCCAAGCCUUGGUGUGGUGAUAGGUUUGCGGCACUUCCUUCCUUAUUAAAAUGUGUUCGAUUUCCUGUAAUGAAAAAACAAUAUAUUUUCGAAAAAGUUGAAGGAAAUCCUUUCAUAAUGGCAGCAGAUGGAAUGAAAGAUCUGGUAAUAGAAGCAUAUCGGCAUCUCUUGAUGCUUGAAGUUCCUAAUUCGGGUUCGAGUAGCAGAGUUAAACAUCGAAAACGUAAGAAAACCAUCGAUUAG